AUGUUGGCCAACGCGCUGUCUAUGGAGAGGCAGUCGCUACGGACGGCCUCCUGCAUUACUAUGAAUGGAGUACAUACCACUCUGAGGAAUGGAACCAUACGCAUGGGGGGAGUUAUUUUACGAAUCGUGAGCGUUUUUGGCAUUUUAUUUAUCACUGCCGCUGAUGCGCCUAUAUGCUUUGCAGUGGACUCCUGCACGUGCGUCUCUCGUGGAUUCCAAGUAAAUGAGUGUGGAGACAUUACCUGGGAGUUGCUUGAAAAGGUGGAAGGCACGAGGUGUCCACGUCGUGUAUUACCUACAGUGCCUUGGGGUGAUAGACAUGGCGCUGAGCCGAGGCGUUUUUUUUUUCUCCCUCUUUCAAUCAUAAUACUGGUUACAGGGGGAAGAGCCGGAGAAGCGAUGGAAAAGGGUCACCGUCACCCCGAAUGUCACCUCGUUGUACUUGGAAUGAAGCUCGCAUUGGUUUAUUAA